AUGGCGACGACGAGCGGCGGUAGUGACUACAGCAGUGCUAUGCGCAAGUUCAAGCUUGUAUUCCUCGGAGAGCAGUCUGUCGGAAAGACGUCAUUGAUCACCCGCUUCAUGUAUGAUACGUUCGAUGGCAAUUAUCAAGCGACAAUCGGCAUUGAUUUCUUGUCCAAGACGAUGUAUCUGGACGACCGUACGGUUCGCCUGCAAUUGUGGGAUACUGCAGGGCAAGAGAGGUUCCGCUCGCUGAUUCCAUCAUAUAUCCGUGACUCUUCGGUGGCUAUUGUCGUGUAUGAUGUGACAAAUCGUGAGUCGUUCAAGUCGACGUCCAAAUGGGUCGAGGACGUGCGAGCGGAACGAGGUAACGAAGUCAUCAUUGCGCUGGUUGGAAACAAGACAGAUUUGAAUGAUAAGCGCGAAGUGUCUACCGAGGAAGGCGAACAGCGAGCUAAAGAGUACAAUAACGUCAUGUUCCUGGAGACGUCCGCCAAGGCAGGGCACAAUGUCAUGCCGCUAUUUAAAAAGAUUGCACAGGCUCUUCCUGGAGGAAACGAUGCCCAAACAGAUGGAGCUGCGCCCCAUCACAGCUUCUCGAACUGUUAUAGCGCUUGCGCGGAUUUGUCGCAGGUGGUGCUUCCUCGGGCGAAUGUCAAUCAAGAUGCCCCCGGGGGCAUAUGA